CAGAAGCCGCAGACAAACAAACCACCAGGCAAACGAGGGUGCGGGUUGUGUGUGUGUGUGCUUGUGUUGGUGUCCGUUCGUGCCAACGAGGAGCAAAGCUGCUCUGCUUUGUUGGAUGGGGAAGGAAAGGGGGGUGAGGGGAUCAUGGUUGGAAAGGGGGAUACCGUAACCGUGUCGCUGCUGGGGAAUGCACGGGUGUACGAAGGCGUGGAUGCAAGAGGAGGAGGUGUCGCCAUGACGAACACCGACAACAACACCACCACCACCACCACCACCCAGCCACCGCAAGUCAGCAUGAGCGGCAGACACAAGGACAGCAGAGGAAGCACAGGUGGCCUGUCACAGUGUCACACACCCAUGAGAACAGCGACAGGGACAGCACCACUGUUGAGCGGUGGCACUGGUAUCAGCAGUCAUGACAUGGCUCGCACCAACAGCAGCAGUGCGCAGCCAGCACUGUCGAUGGCGUCUGCUACAGUGAGGAUCGCGACAACUUUUCUGCCCGCACUGGACACGGCUCACAUCUGCUACCGACGACUGGAGAGCGGCGACCGCGCACAGCUGAAAGCCCUGCACGAUGUCCUGUUUCCCAUAUCCUACCCCGAUCGGUUCUUUGACAGUGCAGUGAUCCCCUACAGUGAGCUUGACGCGUUUGGUGCCUUCAGCCAUGAUGGCACUCUCCUGGGCUUCAUCGUCUUCAAAAUCACCCCAGCUUCAACCGUGGACAUUGAGGAUCAAGGCGUCGUGCAUGAUCCAGAACAGAAGUAUAGUUUGGUGUACAUCCUUACACUCGGUGUCAUACCGCGAUUCCAAUCCCACGGAAUAGGGUCGGCGCUGCUGGAACUGCUGCUGGCAUGCAACGUCGUCAGCAAGCGGUCAUGCAAGGCUGUCCUUCUUCACGUCCUCGCCUCAAACACGCGCGCCGUCGCCUUCUAUCAGCGGCACGGCUUUCGUCGCUAUCGAAUACUCGAGGACUACUACCAUAUUAACGGGGUGCCUGCCGCUGCGCUAAGCUGCGUUCGUUACAUUCACGGCGGUCGGCCAACCUCUGUGUUUGACCCAAUCUUCCUGAUGCUGGACGGUGUGUGGCAGUGGAUAUGCACGCGAACGACACAGGCACUGGUUGCAGCGUCGCGGCUUCUCACCUGACUCUGCCACACGACACGACACGACACACACAAACACAACAUAACCCAACACACUCACAUUCCCUCUAUUUAACUGACAUGAAGUGAAGUUAGAUGGCGAUGUGUUGAACUGAACAACGAGUAUUAACCAAUGAACUAGAAGCACAAGCGA